UGGUAGACCUGGAGCCCGGUCCGAGCCCCCGGGUGGACGGUGGAGGGCCGGCCGACCCAGGUUCCACCAGGCCCCAGGAGGGAGCUGUUACCCAGGCCCGGAGCCAGAUCAGGGGCAGGGAGGGCAGCAGGCUGGAGGGUGCUACCCAGCUGGAGGUUGCACGGGGCGGGGAGCAUGAGGACAACGUGUCCCGGCUCCGAAGCUCUUCCCUGGAGAUCAGAGAGAAGGGAUCAGAGAUCCUACGGGAGCAACUGGAUACUGCACAGAAGGAGCUGAAGCUGAAGGAUAAGGAGUGUGAGCGUCUGUUGCAGGUCAGAGAUCAGCUGGAGCAGGAGCUGGAAGAGCUCACUGCCAGUCUAUUUGAGGAAGCUCACAAGAUGGUGCGUGAAGCCAACGUGAAACAAGCUGCAGCAGAGAAGCAGCUGAAGGAGGCUCAGGGCAAGAUUGAUGUCCUUCAGGCGGAGGUGUCAGCCCUGAAAACCAUGGUCCUGACUUCCACCCCGUCUUCCCCCAACCGCCAAGCCCACCCUCAGCUCCUCUCCCCGGGCACGAGGUCCAAGGGGGCCAGCCCCCGCCAUGGAGGAGGACACACGCGCAACAAGAGCGCCAGCUGGGCCUUGCCAUUGGCUCCUGGUGGGAACUUAGACCCGCCCUCUGUCUCCCUGCAGCCAGUCAGAGAGGACAAAGAGAUGGACAACGUGCUGUAUGCAGAGUUCCUGACCUGGAAAGACAGCCCUAGUUUGGAUAGAACGUCAGCCUUCCUGGGCCGUAUCUACAGAGAGGACAUCAGCCCCUGUCUCUCCUUCACCAAAUCUGAGUUGUCUCAGUCGGUGCAGAAUGCAGUGGAGAACAACUCGCUGACCAUCGAACCGGUGGCCGUGUCCGCCGUACCCAUGGUCAAAGCCAACGCCAUAGAGUGUGGCGGGCCCAAUGGCCUGAGAGCAGCAGUAGAAACGAAGUGUGCGUUGAGCGGCAUGUCCCGGUCCUGUAAGCAUCGCAUCAAACUUGGAGACCGAGAGAGUUACUACUACAUCUCUCCCUCCAGCAGGGCACGGAUCACAGCUGUGUGUAAUUUCUUCACCUAUAUCCGUUACAUUCAGCAGGGCCUGGUCAGACAUGAUGCGGAGCAGAUGUUCUGGGAGGUGACACGUCUACGGCGGGAGAUGACUGUGGCCAAGCUGGGCUUCUACCUCACAGACACCGACCAGGGAUAGAAGACAGACAAGAGGAGACGUCAUCGUUAGACCUGGGUCAUGUUCAUUAGGGCACACCGUAGCAAAAAUGUUUUUUUUUUGCUCGACGGACCAUGUUUUGCAAGCGCUUCGUAUUGGAUAAGUUCAGAUAUUACCACUCGUUUAGGGACGCUGUCUUCCGUUUCAUGCCUACUGAACACGACCCCUGGGAUAGAAGACAGGAGCUACAAGAUCACCAGUACCCUUUUUUACACUGUCCAGAUAACCCAACCCAGAAACAAAAACUGGGCUGGUUUGGCUCAGUAGUGUGAAAAGUCCUCAGGUGGACACGCAGAACACAGAUCACUGAUUUUAUUGAGUAGGAGAGCGAUUUCAAGUGUGUCUAAGGGAAGCAGAAAUGACACCACUAGCUUUGCAAUUAGAUUAGCCUCGUACAAACCAGACCGAUCUGGCGAGCUACACGGUAGCGAAAAAAAAAACAUUGUAGCAAAACAGAAUGUAAGCUUGUGAGAUCAGUAUAGUUCGUACGAUGCUAGCAGUUAGAGCUAGUUUAUAAAGUGCAUAGCUCAAUCACAAUAUUAUGACACUACUACAAAGACAUGCAAUGGAUAGCAUCGUAUAUAUGGACAGUAGCGUAUGUGAUUAUUAAUCAAUAUAACCAUAGAAAUUCUGUUUAUUAUUAUGUAAAAUUGACAAGUGGUUACACAGCUGAUCUUAGUCGGCACAGAUUGAAACUAUAUACGGAUGUGUCAUGCUGCCAACACUAAUAUGGAUCGAAUCCUAACUGGUUAUUAAUCACACAGAUGUUUUAGGUUGGAGUUCUGACCAAUAGAGAACUAUGCUGCUCACUUUUCAUUCUAACAGCUGUCCUAGUCUUACAUGUCGUCUCCUCUCACCUUAACAACCAGACCAGCUACAUGUCGUCUCCUCACCUUAACAACCAGACUAUGUAUGUGUCGUCUCCUCUCACCUUAACAACCAGACCACCCAUUACUUUGCCUUAACCUUAAUAGAUUCUUGCACUACGUUGUAAAUGCUUUGCAUGGCUUAUAUAGGAAAGACACCUGGAACUGAGAGGCUGGGUUAUGGAAGGGAAGUGUGGAUUUAAAAAUAAAAAUAGCUGACUGUUUUUAGUACUACCCAGUUCAGAAGUAGUGUGUUGCAGGUACACAAAGUAAAAGUAUAGUGAGUUAUCUGAAAUAUCCCCGUCUUCACUCUGGAUACUGUGACCGCUUUGCAACGACUAUCCUAGAAAUUAAGGAUACAGUUUUUUUUUUUUUUACAUAACGGAGUCAUAAACCAAUCGUAGACGACUGAGCAAUAAGUAGUUCCUCCUCCUUCCUGACACUACCAAUUUUAUUCACAGCUUUAAAAUCACUAUGUAGUUGGGAGAGACAACAGUUGUAAAUUUAUUGCAGUAUGUUAUGCACAACCUUAGUUGUAAUUGCACUCCUGUAAAAAUGUUAUUGGAAUUGCACUCCUGUUGUGUAUGAUAAUGAUGUAUAAGCCAUACAUGACCAUGAAUUGUGUAGCUUUUGCGUGGAUACAUAGCCAUAGUGUGUACAGGGGCGUGUGUGUGUUCAGCAACUCCAAAACACUAUAGUGUUGAUAUUAGCCAUAUCUUGCAUGAAUCUUUAUCAAAUGAAGAAUAUCGGAAGUCUGAAAGUGCAAUAACAGCCAUGUUAUGAGUUUGGAAUCCUUGACUUAUUAUGUCAAUAAAACAACCAGUAUGAUUGUA